AUGCACAGCAGACAAACCUUCCACCUCCCUGCAGGACUAUUGCAGGCUCCUCAGUCAACAGGAGGUGGUACAAGCCACACCAAUGGUGAUGACAGAGGAAGCUCUGCCCUGUGCUCAGGAGUGCGGGUGCUGUCUCGGCCAGCGUUGCUGUUCUCACAGCCACCACCCUCUGAUAAACUGGUUAUCAGAGGACACCUCACUGGUCAUGUGCAAGGAGCACUGCUCCUCGUGCCUGCACAGCGCUCCACGGCUGGGCUGGAGGAACUCGCUCUCUGCAAGGACAGCAAGAGAACAGGAACUGUACGUUUUGAUACACUCAAAAUGAACCAUAGCAGCUGCAGUAUCACAGCCUAUGAAGUAUUUUCACUUGUCCAGCUGUGUGUUUACAUCCCAGUUUUGGUUUUGGGCAUUGUGCUGAACGUGUUGGCGCUGUGGGUGUUCUGUUGCAAACUCGGCAAGUGGACAGAAACCAGAGUGUACAUGGUCAACUUGGCUGUGGCUGACUGCUUGCUGCUCUUCACCUUGCCAUUUAAAACCCUGUCCCAGUUCCAGCACCUGAAGGCAGAUGGGUGGUGCCUGGUUCUGGAGGGUGGCUAUUUCCUAAACCGCUUAAUGAGCAUUGGUAUCAUCACCAUCAUCGCUGCUGACAGGUACCUUGCAAUCAGGUACCCUUUGAGAUCCAAAGCACUGAGGUCGCCGCUGAAAGCAGCUUUUGUCUCUGGUUUCCUUUGGAUAGUCAUCACCUGUGAGAUCUCCCUCAUAAAAAGCUUUGAGGACCGAAGAGAAGAUGAUUUUUGCUUUGAAAAAUCUUCUGUGACACCCUCGGUGAUCACAUUGUGUGCCAUUAUUGCAGGGUUUUUCAUACCACUGCUCAUCUUGAGUUUCUGCUCCAUACAAAUCAUUGCAGAGCUCAGGAGAAAGAAGGAUGAAAACUGCCACAAUGAAAAGCUCACCAGGAAAGCUGUCCACAUUGUGUCUGCAAACAUGGCUGUGUUCAUCAUCUGCUUUUUGCCUCUUUACCUCGGGCACCUCCUCCGUUUUGUGAUGGACUCCACCAGCUCUGACUGCUCGGCCAUACAGAGCAUCAACAACUUUGUUCACUUUGCCUCCAUCCUGGCCAACACAAACUGCUGCCUGGAUGCCAUUUGCUACUACUUUGUCAACAAGGAGUUUAAGGAAGCAUCUUCCAAGCUAGCAAAGUCCAAAUCUGAGGCCAGCAAAGAAGCUGAAGUUUAG